GUCAGAAGAGGAACUCCACUGAGGAACUCCAGCAAGACUUCACGCAUAAAAGCUUUAGGAUACGCACACAAGCCUCACAAGCCACACCAGUUCCUUUUGCACACAUAAAUUAUGGGAUGUGCAACUAACACCAGUUGACAAGGGGACACUUGGAUAGAGAGCGCGCGUAAAGCAUGGCUUGGAUACGCACAUGUUUUUUCUGUCUUGUGUUAGGGAGGUGUUGGCAAAUCCACCGACCGAGACAAGGAUUUAUUUGGAUAAUAUUACGCGCAUUUUGGAUAGGCUGUUAGAUGGAUAUGACAACAGACUCCGACCUGGUUUUGGAGGUCCCGUCACAGAGGUUAAAACGGACAUAUUUGUCACCAGCUUUGGUCCUGUUUCUGAUGUGGAAAUGGAAUACACGAUGGAUGUGUUUUUUCGGCAAACGUGGAUUGAUGACCGGCUGAAAUUUGAGGGCCCCAUUGAGAUCCUGCGUCUCAACAACCUAAUGGUCAGCAAUAUCUGGACACCGGACACGUUCUUCCGAAAUGGCAAACGUUCUAUUUCGCACAACAUGACCACUCCCAACAAGCUGUUCCGCAUCAUGCAGAACGGAACUAUUCUGUACACCAUGAGGUUAACCAUCAAUGCAGAGUGCCCCAUGCGAUUGAUAAAUUUCCCAAUGGAUGGACAUUCGUGCCCUUUGAAAUUUGGCAGCUACGCCUAUCCAAUGAGUGAGAUUGUGUACACAUGGAAGAAAGGACCAUUGUUUUCAGUGGAAGUUCCUCAAGAGAGUUCCAGUCUGCUACAGUACGAUCUGAUUGGACAGACAGUGUCUAGUGAGAGGUUGAAGUCAAACACAGGUGAAUACAUAGUCAUGACGGUUUACUUCCACCUGCAAAGGAAAAUGGGUUUCUUCUUGAUCCAAACAUACAUCCCUUGCAUUAUGACUGUGAUCCUAGCGCAGGUCUCCUUCUGGAUUGACAAAGAGUCAGUACCUGCCAGAACUGUGUUUGGCAUCACCACAGUGCUAACCAUGACCACGCUGAGCAUCAGUGCCCGGCAUUCAUUACCAAAGGUCUCCUAUGCCACCGCCAUGGACUGGUUCAUCGCCGUCUGCUUCGCAUUUGUCUUUUCUGCCCUUAUCGAGUUUGCUGCAGUCAACUAUUUCUCCACCUUGCAGGCCAAUAAGGAACUUCGGCGGGCCAACUUGGCCUGUGCUGCGGCCCAAGCAGCGGCCAGAAGUGAUGGAGAAGCCGUUUCGAAUCCUCUAGACCCUGGAGGUGUGUUGAAGAAAAGGCUGAACUCCCUCUCCCAAAGAGAUGCUCCUGACAGGUUCUCCAGACCACCUCAGUGUGAUUUCCAUCAGCAUCAGCAUGGUCCCACUUUCCCUGCCAACAACAUGCUGAUAGAAACUAGUAUUAUUGACAAGUACUCACGUAUCCUCUUUCCUCUGUCCUUUGGGGCCUUCAACCUGGUCUACUGGAUUGUCUAUCUCACCAAAGACACUAUGGAGUCCAGGGAAGUGUGAGCACUGAAGACAAUGACCACCUACUAAUAAACAAACGGAUGGACGGAGGAAUGAGAGAAACGAUAAGGGUCAGCUGCUGAAGAUUUUUACUGUGAUUGUCCUGAGAGGGCUCAACGUUAAUCUUCUUCACCUUUGCCCCUUCCCUCUCUGUCGGCCUGAAUAGCAUGCAUUGACCUCUCAUUGCUCUGGCAUGAAACCAUCUGACUACAGAAUGAUUUUCCUACUCUCUAAAGACAUUCAAGUUGCAAUAGCACUUGUUGGUACUCUUCCUUCACACAUGCAGACACUCACGGUGAUGUGCGGGUAAAGCAUUCCAAGAUGGAAUACAACCAGCAAAUACAAGCCUUAUAGCAGCCAUAUUACUUUUACCUUCAAAAGAAGCAUCAGGCAAUACUAAAUUGAAUCAAGGCCAUCCUUUGCUAUAACAGCUUGAGUCCAUUCAUCGAAGGCUUCGAUUUUGGAUCUGUUGGUUGAGAACUCACUGACAAUUGUUUGAACUGGUGCAUUAUAAUCUUUGAGCAUUAAAACAUCAUGAAGGAUGCACGUGAUUUAUUCAUUCAUGUAUUUUUAUUUUCAUAGGUUACACUUGGUCUUGUGAAUGGCUUUUAUUAUUUGUCCCUUGUAUGACUCUCCAGACAAUCAUUGGACCCGUAGUCAAUUUUGUCCAUCUAUGCCUAGGGGAAUUUUCGGUUGCACUUUAUUUUACAGUAUAUGCACUUACUAUAAAGUGUACUUAAAGGAUUAGUUCACUUUUGAAAAAA